AUUCCACAUUAGUGUCCAGCAACUUUAGUACAGCUACAACUAUGAAUAGUUCCACAGCAACUACACCUGGUAAUAAUUAUACAGCAAUGUAUAAUGCAUCCACAGGUGACAUCAAUUACACAGUAGUGCAUAAUGCAAUUACAUCUGGCAACAAUUUUAAUGUAACUGCAACUAACAACAACUACACAAUAGUUUAUAAUGCAACUGGAUCUGGUAGUAAUUACACCCUCGUGUAUGCUGCAACUACAGCUGACAACAAUUACACAGCAAUGUACAAUGUAACAACAGCUGGCACAACUUUACACAAUGGUGUGGUGACAACCAGUAAAACAACAGUUAGUACAACAACAAUAUAUCCCAACUACACAAUGAUAAAGAGCACAACUACAGCCUCUAACAAUUACACAACACCAGUGAUCAUUACUCCGACUAUUCUAUCUCAAAAUAAAACAACUGCAAUUAUUGGAACCACAGAGAAAAGCAGAACUGCUGCAGUGUCUCACAGUACUAAACCUACUUCAGCUCCACUGAAGAACCAGACUGCAAAUUUCACCACAGUGAGUUUGACUCAUGUCACAACAAUAAGCAAAAACGAAACCAUGUCCACCACAGCUGCCAGCACCGUCCAAACAGAUGACAGACCAGACGCCGGUUUAACAACAACAACGACAACAACAACAGAAAAUGCAUCUGUUGUUAUUAUCUCACCCGCAACCACUGCAACUACUAUAACAGGUCAUGGUCCACAAGAUUUAAAUGGCACAACUGCUGAGGUUUCUUUGACUACAACACCGCUCACCAAAACUACUACAACCACCAUAGUGGCUGAGAACACAGGAACUUCCACAACUGAUGUACAAACAACUGAUGAAGCAGUCUACCUGUUGAAUCAAACACAGGAUGUAUCUCUGCUCAACGCCUCUCAAGUGUCAGUGUUGGUUGAGACACUGGAGAAGCAUCUGGACAAUCCCUCUGUUUCACGAUCAGUGAUAAUCAAAGUUGUCAGUAACUUGAUGGACAGUAACCCUGAGGCACUCUCUAAAUCUGCAAACAGGCUGAUUCACUUGGUGGAUAAUCUGGGUGUUAAACUGGCUGUCACUGGUGGCGAUGGAAUUCUGUCAACCAGUUCCUUAGUUGUUGCUGUGAAAAGAGUGAAUGGGAGCAACUUCACAACAAUCCUUUUUGAUGUUUUUAACACUGAUCAUGUCCAGUUCAGUGGCCCAAAAAGGACCAUGAAAAGCUCAGAGCCUGCUUUGGCGUCUGUAUACUUGCCUGCCUCCCUCACAUCUGGUAUCAGCCCUGAAGAGCAGAAGCAGGCCAACAGCGUCCAGUUUACUUUCUAUGCAAAAAAUUCAUUCUUUAAGGAUGCAUCAUUAGAUAACAAAACUCUUGUCAGCACAGUUCUAGGCUCAAGUGUGGCUAAUCUGUCAAUUAGCAACCUGAGUGAAAACAUUGAGUUCGCCAUCCGAAACAGCAACCCAGUUCAUAAAAACUACACAGCCAAAUGUGCAUUUUGGGAUUUCACGCUGAAUAGUGGUGGAGGAGGCUGGAGCUCUGUUGGCUGCUUUGUGGUCAACAGCACCCCUGAAUAUACAAUCUGCAGCUGCAGCCAUCUUACAUCCUUUGCAGUACUGCUGGAUUUGUCCAGACAGGAACUUCCUGACCAGAAGAACACACAAAUUCUUACUUUCAUCACCUACAUUGGCUGUGGAAUCUCUGCUAUUUUUCUUGCUAUCACAUUGCUGACGUAUCUUUCUUUUCCAAAAUUGCUAAGGGAUAUACCAGCCAAGAUCUUGGUCCAACUCUGUUCAUCUCUGCUCUUCCUGAACUUGGUGUUCCUGCUGGACAGCUGGCUGGGGAGCCACAACAAUACAGGCCUCUGUAUUUGUACUGCCUUCUUCCUGCACUACUUCCUGCUGACAUCAUUUACAUGGGCGGGGCUUGAGGCCCUGCAUAUGUAUCUCAGCAUUGUGCGAGUUUUUACACCCUACCUGAGCCAGUACAUGCUGAAGUUCACUCUGAUGGGUUGGGGUAUUCCUCUUAUCAUUGUAAUUAUUGUGAUAUCCGUGGACAAAAACAACUAUGGUUUGAUUAAUUAUGGAAAGCACACAAAUGACACUUCAGAUAACUUCUGCUGGCUGAGUAAUAACAUAGCCUUCUAUGUUGGUGUGGUCGCCUAUUUCCUCCUGAUCUUUAUCCUGUGCCUGCUGGCCUUCAUCGUUGUUAUGGGACAUCUUUCACGUAUCAAGAAGCAGAACCCCCACAACCAGUCUCCCAAAAGAAGUGUUAUGACUGAUCUGCGCAGUGUCACCGGCCUCGUCAUCAUCCUUGGCCUUACCUGGGGGUUUGCUCUGUUUGCAUGGGGACCCCUCUACUUACCCUUUGUUUACCUUUUUUCUAUAUUCAACUCUCUGCAAGGUUUCUUUGUCUUUGUUUUCCACUGCGCCAUAAAGGAGAAUGUCCGCAGGCAGUGGAGAACUUACCUUUGCUGUGGAAAACUGCGACUGGCUGAGAACUCAGAUUGGAGUCGAACAUUCACACAAAACAAGAAGACUAUCUCUCGCUCCAGUGCAAUUACCUUGGAUCCAAAGUUCACUUCUCGAAGCUCCUCUGUUGUCAGUUUUGGCACCAAUAGCAGUGGCUCUGUGUUCGCGGACAGCGGAAUAUCUGACAGCUCCAACAAUGAUGUCGUCCUCAACGAGAUUCACAGGGGAAAUCUGACACAAGGCAAAACUACCAAAUGACUCUGCCUGAGCUUUCUUUUGUGAUUACAGCCAAUUCCAAGAAAGGAUCUCUGGGAGUUUACAAGGUGCAAAUUGGAGGAGUAGUUUUCCUUAAUGUUACAAAAAAUGAAGGUUUGAUGAAGGACUAAAGAGGAUCAGGAACAAAGGAGACCUUUGUCUAAAUACCUUUAGAGAAGAAGAAAUCAAAAAGUGGAGAAUGUUUUCAAUUCUACACUAAUAGUAUAGAUAAUAGAAGAGUCUUGUUAGCAGAGAUAAGGUGUACUACUGAAACUAAAACAUUAUAUUGAACUGCAUUUACUUGUUAGCCGAGAACAGAUACUGUCAGUAUUGUAUAGAUAAUUAUCUGGCUAUUUCUUUGAGGAUAUAUUCAUUUCUUGAACAGACAAAUGAAGGAAUUUCCAGUCUUAACUCUACAUUUCAGUGCCUUUGCCAAAUUCUAAGUUUAUUCUGGCAGUGUCAAAUGGCACUUUGGGAUGUAUUUAGCUACCUAUAGAGACAAGGAUUGAUGCAAAAUGUGCACAUGCCAAACUCCACUGCUUGAUCAUAUCUGAUAAAAGUUGAUAUCUGCAAGAUUAAGGGUGCAGUUCUGUGUUAAAUAUUGUAUUAUUCACUACAUUAUAGAUUUUUUUUAUUUGGUUCAUACAUGCUUUUUAUGAAAAAGAAUAAAGAUUUGAAAUAUUUUCAUGUGGCGAACUGAAGCACAAUCAAAAUAUGGGAUUUAUGUCCUGUGCUUUUUAACAAGGACACAUUUUGCUAAAUGUCCUUGGAAGGCCAUUUGCAUGCCAUGAAAGAUGAAAUAAAAAAGAAAAAACUAACUUCAACUUGUCACCUGCCCAGCUGCUCUCUCUUUUUCUUGCAUCAGACUUUCACAUCUACUCCACAUCUUUACAUCUUUAAUCAAACCCUUUCAACAGGAGGGGGAAAAAAAACUACAAUUAUGAUCCCAGCAGACAACCCUCUCAUCACCGUGUUGAGUAACCUUCAGCAGAGCAUCUCACGCCCACCCAGCGCCAGUUCAAUUGCAGCCUGUCAAGAAAACUCCAAAUUGGAGCUCAGGAGUUUAUGCUUCCCGGUUCACAUGGAAUGAGGCUAAAAAGGCUGUCACGCCAGCUGCCAUACUUUAUUGCCAAACAAAAUGUGUUUGUAUUUGUGCACAUAUAAAUCAUUAAAUAAAUAAAACCGUUUAUAUUUAUAUAUUUUCUGUAUUAAUGGCAUUUGUAAUUGCUAAUGGUAAUGUAGUCAUGGUACCAUUUGGGUACUUGGUAAGAUUUGUCUUAUGGUACAAAGCUAUCUUAGUAUCGUAGUUUCAAUAAUUAUUCGCAUAUUGUGGUGUAAAGCACUUUUAUUAAGGCUUAUGAACCCUGGCUAUAACGAAUAAAAGUCAAAACUAAUAGGGUGUGUGUUCUCACAAUGUUCUACAGAGAAUAAAGUUUUUAUUUUAAAGCACUUCUAAAGAUGGGCAAAUUUCAGUUUCAGUAAAUUUCAUUAAAUCAUAUCUGUUUAUGUAUCGUUUUCUAUACACCCACUUGUGCUCUUCAGCCUCGGGCAGAAGAGUUUGCAUUGACAGUAUUAAAUGUAA